AUGUCUUCUGCACCGGACGACACAAUCAGUAUAACUGAAUUAUCCUGUCCGGAAACACCGAAGUUUACGAAGCCAUGGCAUGAAGAUGUCUUCAGCAAAUUGCGUUCCUAUAUAAUUGUCGAACUUGUGAGAGCGAUCUACCCGACGUUUGAGUCAGCGAUAAAGCAUGAUCCGAGAACAAUUGAAGCGCUGUUUGAGACUAUGCGAGAAACGGAACUAGUAAUGUUUGAAAAUUCCAAUGAUGAGGUAUAG